GCUACCGUUGUUAACGAGCCCACACACUCAUCUGUGCAGCGCACAGGGCGUCUAAAAGCUGCUGUUAUAGCUUUUGUAUUAAACCGUUAUCAUUCUGCAAAACAGUUGUUGGUUUACGCGACAUAUAAUGCAGCACGUCAGCUCUGUGUCUCGGAGACUUUGCCUGACAGUGUCGUGGUCCCGCAUGCUUUUGGUGUAAAUGUCAAGAGGUUCGAUUGACUGAGGGCACAGAAACAUGUACAGCCCCAAGGAGCUGGAGGGAGAAGUUGACCACUCGUUCUUUGACAGUGACUGUGAACUUAAUGAACACAAAAGUUCAAAGGAUGGUCAGCUCAGUAAACAGAAGGCCUCAGAAAGACAUGAUGAGAGAACAGGAAAAGAGACUCAUGUUUCAAUGAAUCAGAUUGGUGAUGGAGUUCACAAUGGAGGGAACAAUGAAGAUAAAACCAGAUUUGAGGGUGCUUCAAACCACCAGGCCAGCAGGAGACAGAGUCAAGACACAAGUGCCAAAAGCCGAUCAGAUGAAGGGUCUAGCGUGCGUUCAUAUUCAUCCGAUGAGGAUAGAGAGCCUGAAGCUGAUUUUAAACAGAGGAAAACCAAUGGAAAUGUUAACAGUGAUGAGGAUGAUGACGGAUACCAUCAUAGUGAUGAGGAAAGCGAAGAGGAUGCACGAUCCUCAGCAACAAGAUCAGCAAAACAGAAGGGAAUGCCUAAAAAAACAGCUGGAAAAAUUCACAGGCAGAGUCGAAGCCAUUCAACAUCAUCAUCUGAUUCUGAAUCCUCUCACAGCAGUGAAGAGAGAAGCACUUUUCGCUCUAGGAAAUCACCGGUAAAACAUCAACGGACUUCUUCAGCUGAUCAGAAAGAGCGGCAAAAAGAAACAGCAGAAUCUGAAGACACAGUCACUGACGUUACGCCUUUAUCCACACCUAAUAUUAGUCCUUCCCAGUCAAUAGAUGUGACAGCAGAUGUUCAACAGCAGCCGGGCUUUACCGAAGAGAAGUUGGCGGAUGAUGUUUCGGACGGUCAGGCCAGCAUAAGCUCUGAAGGAGAAAAUGGACCAGAGUUUUUAAAAGUAGACAAACAUUUUGACCGAGUGCUCAUGGUCUCCAGCCCUGCCAGUGUUGUCGGCAGCCGUAAAAACUAUUCCUUCACAAAUGAGAAGGUGCGGGAAAUCGACCGGGAGAACCAGCGGCUGUUACAUGAACUGUCCAGAGCAUCGUCACGUUCACAUAGCGCCCGCUCUCCCUGUUCCAAAAUGAGCAGUCGCAGGAGCAGUGCACCAACUGUACGCCUUUACCACAGUGCCCUCAACAGGCAACGUGAGCAGGAGCGAAUUCAGAAGGAGAACCUGGCAUUUCUGAAGCGUCUAGAAUCUGUGAAGCCCACUCCUGGCAUAACCAGAGAUGAACAGCUAGCUGAUUAUCAGCGCCAGUGCCGAUACAUGGGAACACAUAAUACAGACAUUCCACUGGUCAACCCCAAGACUUCUGGGAGAACUUCAAGACCUGGCAGCAGUCCUCACAAAACUAGACCGGAAACCGCUAAACUCCAUAGAGUAAAGCCACGGCCUGCAUGGUCAUAAUCAUCAAAUAUUGCCUUCUCUUUCUCUGCUCUGACACUUUGAUUUACAUGACUUACUCUGACUGUAAGUAGAUGACUGCAGGUCAUAACACCAGACUUUCUGGAUAAAUCUUUCAAAACUUAAAGCGCUUGAGUUCACGCUUAUUAGUCCUGAUGUGGAGUGAUUAAAAACUGUAAUGUUUGUUUACACAGCUAAGUAGUCAAUGAUGUUAUUACUUGAAAGUCUGUGGCUUAGAUAUUGCAGGACUAAACACAUUCAGUCAAAUGUUAAGUGUGACAUUCCAUUUUAUGAGACAUACUUCAGUGCCUAUUUGUGACAGACACGUAUGUUAAAACUAUACAUAGUUUUAAAGCCAUUGCUGCUGUUAUCAGAACAGUUAAUUUCUUGAUGAGUCUGUCAGAAAAUGUAUAAUUCAUGUUAAAUAAAUGCUUUAAUAGUUAUUUUGAUA